AUGGCCUUCCCCUACAUCGACACACCGCGCACCGAAUACGACGGCAACGCGACUUACCUCACAACCGGGUUUCGCAGCGCGGGGCGACACCACUUGUCUGCUCUCGAUUCACUGGAGAAUUCAUUUCAGACACCGUCCAAGGACAACGAUGUAAUUAAAGGGUUUGACAGACGCGUCACGCCGCGCGCCGCCGCUUCGAAGUCAACGAGAAGCGCGUUACGAAACCUUCCAACUACAGCUCCUGGGAAAGGAGAGUUCACCCCGCUAAUGAAGAGUGCGACAAAGAGCAACCUGUUAAGAAAUAUGUCUACGACCCGGGGAACAGAUGGUCCAAAAACACCCGGAUAUCGGCGAGAGGCCUCCCGCAGCAAUGCCCACACACCCGGUUUGCCUACAAUCGACAUGUCCGAUAUAUACGAGGAAGAUCGGACUAUGGAAGAGGCUACUCCCGUACCACAUGCCGCGAGCAGCAGUGCACAAAGUACGCCAUUGCCCAGAUAUGCAGGGCGUGAUGGAGGAGUCCUGGGCGACGGGCGCAACAAUUUGUCGCUCAAGGACCAGGCCAUGGCCAUCGAUCAGCUGAGCAAAGACAAUUUCAAUCUGAAGCUGAGGAUUCACUUCAUGGAAGAGCAGCUGCAAAAGGCUGGCCCAGAAUACAACAACGAAGCACUCAAUGAGAACCGAGAGCUCAAGGCUCUGCGAGUGAUUAUGCAACGCGAUAUCUCCCGGUACAAAAAGAGCCUUCAGCAGGCAGAGAAGGACCUUGAAGACUACCGGCUACAGCUGGUAGAAAUGAAGGAGAAGGCAUGGAGGGAGCAAGCGGAUCAGACGGUACAGCGCGAAAUGGACAUGAUGCGCGAAGAGCUUGAAUCGCGUGAUGAACAACUUCGAGAAGCCCGUGAUGAGCUGAGGCAUGUCAAAGACAACCAAUCGCAAGAGACCGAGAAGCUUCAUGACGAUAUCGCGGAUCUCGAAGCAAGUGUACGCGAGAAGGAUCGUCUCCUAGAGGAACGUGACGAAGAGCUCGAGCAACUGCGGCGCAAUACCGAGGAGGCUGGAGCGGCUUCAGAACUCCAGCUUGAGCUGGACCGUGCCAGGGAGCAGAUGCGAGAGCUUCAGGAUAGCCUUGACCAGGCAAAAUCUGACAUCAGAGAAUCCGAGAAAGCUGAAAGGCAGGCCAUUACGGAGAAAGAUCGUGCUGAGGAGGACUUGAGGGAGUUGCAAGAUGAAAUGUCAAACAAAUCUUUCACCACCAAAGGACUCAGUCGGCAAAUGGAGGAAAGAACUGGAAAGCUCGAAGAGGAGCUGCGCGACCUACAACAAGAAAACAAUCAUCUGAGGAAGGAAUUGGAGACCAAGACAACUCUUGCAACUCGCCUAGAGGAGCGAUAUUCAACCAUGCAACAUGGCCUGGAAGACAACGCCCAGCAUCUGGUUAAGGACCUUGAUAAAGCUAGACGCGAUCUUGAUGAGGCUCGGCAGGACCUCAAGCGCACUUCUACUCAGCUGCAGGAGGCAUUAGGUGAUGUCCAGCGCGUAACGGAUGAGAAGGAGCUUCUACAAACUCGCCACCGCGCGCUAACUGAUGAAUCGGGAGGGCUGCAGACCGACCUCGACCGGGCACAAUCCAGAAUCCGCGAACUACAAAAAGCGGUUCAAGUCGCUACUUCUCACGCCCAAGACGAAGGACACAACCUCCGCUGGCAGCACAAGGCGGAGGUUGAACGGUUGCAGGAGGAGAUAGAGAACCAACAGAAUGAGAUCGAGGAGAAGGAGGGGCGUUUCGCACUCGACCAAAGCCGGUGGGAAAGCAGCGUGCGGGCUCUACAAUCGGAGAAAGCCUGGGCAGAAGGACAGGUGGCAGAAUUGAAGCGCACCAUCGACACCCUUCAAGAAGCCGGUCAAAGUUAUUCUGGAAAGGAGUCCAGAUUACAAGAGGCUCUCGACAGCGAAAAAAAGCGCCACACACAAGAAACAUCUAUGCUGAAUCGCCAGAUUCAAGAUCUCAAAGAUGACCUCGACAAGACAAGGCGCAACCUUGAUGGAAAAAUGGACGAGCUACUUGCGGCAAAGCAGGAUGCUCGGGCAUCUCGACGCGAAGAGCAAGCACUUGCAGAGAAGGUGCGGGCUCUAGAAGACGAGGUUACUGUUUUGCAGGAGAGUCUGGCAGAGGAGCAAGAACUUGCCAAACGUCGACAGAAUGGCGCCUCGGACAUUAACAAGAACUUGGAGGAACUGAUCGCCGACAGAAACGCACUCCGUGAUAAGCUGGCAAACGCUCAUGUCGAGCUUUAUGACCUGCGAACUUCGCUGCAAGAGACUGAGGCCGAACGCGAUGAUCUCCAGGCUCAGCUCGAGCGGUUCCAGGGUGCAGACGACACCACCCGGUUCGACCGCGACAAACUCGAAUUACGCAAGACGGUCACACGGCUUGAAACCGAACUCAAAGUGUUGCGAGGCACCAAAGCGACCCUCGAGGAACAGCUUAUCUCUGAAAGUGAACGAUCUGCGGCAGAGGAAGGUCGUCUUUCUGCUGAGAUCGAACGCCUUCAGGACAAAUUGCUUGCUGGGUCGAGUAACCGAGAUCGGGAACUGACUUCGGCCAAGACCAAAGUCCAGCGGCUAGAGCGUCGCGUUCAAGAACUAGAAGCCGUUCUUGAACAGCAGCCAUUGGUGGAGAACGAACAAUCUGGACACGGAGAUCUUUCCUUACUUCGACAGAGCCUGGAGGAGGCCAGGAAACGCGAAAAAAUUCUCCUCCAGCGUGAGCACAAGCAGAAGUCUUCUGCGCAGACCUACAAGUCACGAGUUGAGGAAUUGGAGAAGGAUCUUCAUGAUGCUAUGAUGAACAAAUACGAGUCACACUCCCUACAGAAUUCUCCAUCGAACAAGCUUCAUGAAGAGCUGCGCAGUCUACGGAAACAAGUAGCCGACGCACACCGAUCCCUUCAAAAAGUCAACACAAAGAACCGAGAGCUGGAACGAGCCGCGAUGAAAGAAGAGGACCAGAAGGACUUCCAUGAGCUGCUUAGAUCCUCAACUCUCGAGGCUGAAUCAUUAGCCCUGAAACUUUCCGAACGGGAAGGACGCCUGAACGAAUUGAAGACCCAUAUGCGCCGCAUUCGCGAAGAACGAGACGCUUACAAGCGCGAAGCCGAAGCAGCAACCAAAAACAUCGACCUACUGCAAAGACGCCACGACGAGAUCUUAGAGAAGAACUCUCUUUCCAAGUCAACCAACAAAACCAAGCACGACAAAGAGAUCCGAGGUCUAGGCAAGGAAAUCAUCUGGCUUCGUGCCCGUCUGCAGCGCGAGGAGAAGUUCCGCCGAGAUCUUGCUUGGAGCAAGGGCUUGAUGGAACUCGGUGAACGCGUCCGAGUCGCAUGCAACGAUGCCGACCUCCGCAUAAUUAACGAAAUGGGCGUACAAGCCCGUGACCGCACCCCUGUCCGCACACCACGCCAUAAGUUGAGAUCCGCCAUAUCCCUCGUGAGGGCUGCAGUGCGGAUGCAGAAAAUGAGCAGCGAUUGGAAGCGGACGAGGAAAUUGGGCGAGGGGUUGAAGCGGGCUAAGACGGAAAUGCUUAAACGUCGUGAUAGCUCGAAUAAGAGCUUGCUUGGGCAGUAG